ACAACUCUCUCUCUCUCCCUCCAAUUGUCUGAAGGGUAUGUCGCAGGGCACAGGAACACUCAGCAAUGUGGUGGAUUUCGACCUACCCGAUGAGAUUCUCUCGGUCAUUCCAACGGACCCUUACCAACAGCUCGAUCUCGCUCGCAAGAUUACUUCCAUGGCCAUCGCCUCAAGAGUCUCUUCUCUCGAAUCCGACGCUUCUCGCCUUCGCCAGAAGCUUCUAGAGAAAGACCGACUCAUCCACGACCUCGAAGACCGUCUCUCUUCCCUCACUCGCGCCUGUCACCAAGCCGACUCCACCUUGAACUCCGCCCUCAACGAAAAUAUAAAGCUUACGAAGGAGAGGGACCAAUUGGCAGCAACUGUGAAAAAGCUAAGCCGAGAUUUUGCGAAGUUGGAGACAUUUAAAAAACAGCUGAUGCAGUCGCUAACUGAUGACAGCGCAUCUCAAGCUGAAGCCAUAGAUAUUGGAACCUGUGACCAAUCAGUUCCAAAGGCAUAUCCUGAUGAUAAUGGAAGUGGAUAUGAGUCACAUCGUUCACACAGUGGAAUUACAGAUGCGGGUAAAACAAUUGAUGAAGCUUCCAAGUAUUCAGGGCAAAGGUUUUCUUUGACCCCAUACAUCACACCACGUCUUACACCAACUGGAACUCCAAAGGUGAUUUCAACAGCUGGGUCUCCUAGAGGAUAUUCUGCUGCUUCAUCACCCAAGAAAACUUCCGGUGCCACCUCUCCCACAAAACUUCCAUAUGAAGGACGAUCAUCUCUCUCUUCAUGGUAUUCAUCAAGUCAGCAGUCAUCAGCAGCAAACUCUCCACCUCGGGGACGAUCACUUCCAGGUCGUACUCCAAAGAUUGACGGAAAGGAGUUUUUUCGUCAAGCCAGGAGUCGCCUAUCUUAUGAACAGUUCAGUGCAUUUCUUGCUAACAUAAAGGAAUUAAAUGCUCAGAAGCAAACACGAGAGGAAACAUUACGAAAGGCAGAUGAGAUAUUUGGGUCAGAUAACAAAGAUCUUUACUUAUCUUUUCAAGGAUUGCUUAACCGGAAUGUACGCUAAUACAUAAAGUAGCAUUGCCGUGAAUUAUGAGUUGGUUACUCACCCUCAACUUUCUUGGACCGAUGUUGACUCAUUCCGCUUCAAUCCAUUGAAUCAAAAUCCAACGAAGCAUUAAUCUGAGCCAUUGAAUUCGAGAAUAUAUACUCCAUCUAGGUUUUUCGUUCCCUAUUUCUUGUUUUAAUCCUGUUGCAUGUGUGUACAUAGAAACACAUGACUUUCUGAAUUGCGUGCACAGCUAGUUUAAAUGCUGAUUGAAUUUUAGUUUAUGGAACACCUGUGUGGAUGGGAAAUUUCUUUUAGAUGAAUGUGGCAAUUCUUUCU